GGGUGGCUGCGCUGGUCCUGGUGGUUUCGGGGCUCCUAACCGGGAGCGCAGAGUCGUUCCCUGAGGCGGCGGCCAGGCUAUGAUCGCGGGUCCCCGGAGUCCCGCUCGGGCCAACCAGAGUCCUUGUUUCAGCGUGUGCCUCUGGCCGAGCGCUCUCCUCACCACGGUCCCCCUGCGCGUUUGGCAGCGGCGCUCCCGGCGCGCCCCCUCCUCUGAUGGCGGCGGAGAUCCAGCCCAAGCCGCUGACCCGCAAGCCGAUCCUGCUGCAGCGGGUCGAGGGCUCCCAGGAGGUGGUGAAUAUGGCUGUGCUCGUUCCCAAGGAGGAGGGCGUCAUCAGCGUCUCGGAGGACAGGACAGUUCGUGUAUGGUUAAAGAGGGAUAGUGGACAAUAUUGGCCAAGCAUAUAUCAUGUGAUGCCUUCUCCAUGUUCAUGCAUGUCUUUUAAUCCGGAAACAAGAAGACUGUCCAUAGGUCUAGACAAUGGUACAAUCUCAGAAUUUAUUUUAUCAGAAGAUUAUAACAAGAUGACUCCUGUGAAAAACUAUCAAGCACAUCAGAGCAGAGUGACGAUGAUCCUGUUUGUCCUGGAGCUGGAGUGGGUGCUGAGCACGGGACAAGACAAGCAGUUUGCCUGGCACUGCUCUGAGAGUGGGCAACGCCUGGGAGGUUAUCGCACCAGUGCUGUGGCCUCGGGCCUGCAAUUCGAUGUUGAAACCCGGCAUGUGUUUAUUGGUGACCAUUCAGGCCAAGUAACCAUCCUCAAACUGGAGCAAGAAAACUGCACCCUGGUCACAACAUUCAGAGGACAUACAGGUGGGGUGACUGCUCUCUGUUGGGACCCGGUCCAGCGAGUUUUGUUCUCAGGCAGCUCUGAUCACUCUGUAAUCAUGUGGGACAUCGGUGGGAGAAAAGGAACUGCCAUCGAGCUCCAAGGACACAAUGACAAAAUCCAGGCCCUCUCCUAUGCACAGCACACGCGGCAGCUCAUCUCAUGUGGCAGUGAUGGUGGCAUAGUCAUCUGGAACAUGGACGUGGAGAGGCAGGAGCACCACUGCCGCAAGUGCGGGAAGGCUGUCUGCGGCAAGUGCAGCUCCAAACGUUCCUCCAUCCCCCUGAUGGGCUUCGAGUUUGAAGUGAGGGUCUGUGACAGCUGCCACGAGGCCAUCACAGAUGAAGAACGAGCGCCCACGGCCACUUUCCACGACAGUAAACACAACAUUGUGCAUGUGCAUUUUGAUGCAACCCGGGGAUGGCUACUGACUUCGGGAACUGACAAGGUUAUUAAGUUGUGGGAUAUGACCCCAGUAGUAUCUUGAUGACACACCCAGGCAUCUGAAAGAUAGUAUUUACUCAAGAAUGAUUGUUCUAAUCCAAAUCGUUACUGGAGCAGUAAAGCAGACGUGUGAAAAGAGAGAAACUAAAGAAACUAGCUGAGUUUGCAUAUUAUCUGCGCACAAGUGGUGAGCCAGUGAAUGAACACUUGGAGGGGACUCUUUCAACUUGUUCAUACAAUAUAAAAGAAGAUAUUUUUUUAACAAAUGGUUUGUACAAUCUGGCUUGCUGCAUUGUUUGAGUAUACUGUAAACUCUGUGUGGGGUGUUUAAUUUUUAAAUUUUCAACACUUCAUUUUAGUUGUUGUUUUGUGUGUCGGAGAAAUGAGGGAAAUGUCUGUUCAGGGUAUUUUUGGUCAUUUUAAAGCAGUUUCCAUGUUUUCUUCACGUGGGCACAGAUCACCGGGUCAGCAUCUUUUUCUUCUCUAUGUAUCUACUCUCACCUUCUUCUGCUUUUCACCAGAGUGUAUGUAUUUACACUGCUUAUAAACAGUGUUUCUGCUUUCCUAGAAAUCCUCUUCAAGUGAGAGAUUUGGAAAACCAUUCAUGUGGAUUUACCUACUGACUUCUUGAAUCACUUGAAGAACGAUGUGUAAUGUCUAACUUAUUCAUGUUCUUAUAUUGAGUAGAAAUAACCUGGUGUUUCUGCCUCCGUUUUUCUCUUUCUUUCCCAUAUUAAAAAAUGCCAUGAGAAAGCUGUUCCCAGCCAUUGUCAUCAUGGGAGUAGAUGAUUAUAACUCAGAGCUUCAAGUAUCAGUGCCUGGAUCGUUUCUAAUUCAAUUGGAGCCUUCUGAGCCUUUCAAGUUUUAUGUUUUAGUUUUAUUGACACAGCUUUCCCUCACUUUUAUUAAAAACAAACAAAAUCCUAUGUCCUUAAAAAAAAAAGUGUCUUUAAGCUAUGUUUUUGUAUGUGAUGUCACCUCUGAACUUGACCAUGUUCAUUAUGUGAGGUUGAAUCCUGUUCUAUUCCUCACCAUCUGUGUUUUCUCCCCCUUUAAAAACUAGAACACUUUGCACACUUAUACUAAAACUGUGUGAUCUGAGACAUAAAAGGUACUGAAUCUUACAGCUCAUGAUGUCUUCCUGUUGGAAAUGUAAAAAGGGGCUUUAGAAAAUCAGUCUGAAGAACUCUGAUUUUAAGGGAAUCCAAUCAAAUUUGAUAAAAGUGAAAUAUUCUGUGUUUUAGUGACUCAUGAUAUUUAAGUCCUUUUUUAAAAACCUUAUUUUCACCUAUAAAAAUAGAAUUUAAAUGAGUGGGCAAGCAUGCGCUAUGUGCCUGCCCCAUUCUAAGCAUGUUACAUGGUAUCACCUCAAUCAACCCUCACCUGUUGGGGGGUUUUGUGGGAUCACUAAGUCUCUUGGGGAUUACUACCAGGUUAAAUAAAACUUUGCAGGUAAACAGACCAAUUACUUGCCCAUUCUCUCCAAGUCCUA